AUGGACUUCAACGGCACCUGGAAGGUUUAUUCUGAGGAAAACCUGGAGGAGUUCCUGAAAUUAGCCGGUGCACCUGAAAUGAUUGUGAAGAUGCGUAAGGAGGUGAAACCGGUGAUAGUGAUCGAGCAGAACGGCAAAGACUUCACCUGCACGAUGAAGACUCCCGUCUGCACCCAAGUCUAUUCGUUCAGCAUCGGGAAAGAGUCGGAGGUGACGUCUGUGGACGGCAGGAAGUUCAAGUGCACUGUCAGAGAGGAGGGCGGGAAGCUGAUCGCUCAGACCGAUAAGUUCACCUCUGUCCGAGAGAUCCAGGGCGACGACAUGGUCGAGACCAUCACUGCUGAAUCUUUGACCUUCAUCAGCAGAAGUAAACGAGUCUAA